UCUAUGCUCGGACCGGGUGCGUCUCUCGGAUCGCCCAUCUCAAAUCCAAGGUCACCCUCAAAGGCACCCGCUGUCACGCCCUGCGCUUGAUGGAUUCAGCUCUGUUCUCAUAUUUCUAGCACCAUUGUUGGAUCCAUCCUUCAGACGGCUAUUUGCGACUCUUUCCUGUGGUCUCUGCUCCUCCGAUCGCUUGACCACGCCGCUGAAUCCAAAUCAUCCACAGCCGCUGUCCUAUUUACUGGGCACGCUCGCAUGUCGAGUCCCAUUUCCUCGCACCCAGUCUUCCGGAGAGGAGAGGUCGUGUUCGUCUCAGUGUUCCUUCAGUUAAACAAGCAUCACCCGCUGGAGUUUGAAGCUCUCGAUAUCAGGUCAUGCAUUCGUGUCGACCCCAGCGAUUUCAACGGCGUCCCAAUAUAUUGGCCAGCGAUAAUCUAUAGAGUCCACGAUCAGGGGCCACACCACAAUGUUUGGUCGACCCCCUUGGUGAUCAAGUCAUCGAACCCAGCCUCACGAGUUGCCGAAGAUUUAGGUAAAGCUGUCGUCCAAGUCCAGACUCCCCAGAUCUUUGACGGAAUCGUUCAAGCUUCAUUCAUAACCUACGAUGUUCGGCUCAAUGGUCUGAACCUGGAUCAGCUGCGACUCCCCGAAAUGUGCCUCUGCCCGUGCGCCUACGUUCCGCCGUUUGGCGGAUAUACGUUCCUCGACUCCGUCGACCUCAAAUCGCUGGAACUCGCUGAAACGACGGCGCCAUUGGAUCCGAUUCUCAUCAAGUUUUUGCUGUCGCUGAAAACAACCGAGUCCCGGCUGGCUGCGACCCAUCUCCCACACAAGACUUGCGCACUUCGGAACUCGAUCCAAUUCUUUGAGGUCGCUCGGAUUGGUGGCGAGGUUCUGUUCCUUGGCGAUCAUAUCUGGGCGAAUGUUGGCGACAAACCCACGCUUGUUCGAGUCGACACGAUCUACCGUUAUCUCAACGACCCCAAGCUUCUACACUUCUCAGGCAUUGUCAUGGGCGAGCCUGUCUUCCAGCGGGAGGUUCGCUUCCCGCACUUCCAGAUUAUGGGUCGUGUCUAUGCGGGUUAUUGGCUCAACCAAAUGCGCUGCCGACGAUUUUGUGUCUCUGCCAGCCCGUGGUAGAACGAGUUGGCUCGAUACAGACCGAGUUGGCCCGACAACAACAUUUCCCUCACUUUGUCUCGCGGCCACUCAAAUUGUCAGCAGUGCCAACAAACGGACGAAACGAGAUGUGCUGGUUUAAAGGUCGACGGUGCCCGACCUCUGCAUCGCGGAAUAGAUGUGCCUGCUCCACAUAUCUGUCCGACCGUCGCCACCUCCCUGUUGGGGGAGGUGUGGGUUACCAGUGUCCAGGUACCAGAUAGAUGGCGCUCUUGGACA